CUAUUUAAAAACGUCAUCCAUUCAUGAACCCUCUACAGCAUUUCAAGAUUCACCGUUACUCUGUGUGCACGUCUUGUGGUGUUGUGAUUUGAAAAUGAGUGGAAAUUUCCUUACAAUACCUAGUGAUGAUUCGAUACGACGCCGGUCGCGGAGUUCUUCUUUAACGGACUUAAUUUCGGCGUUCGACACAAAAGCGCAGGCGCACACAGACCUACAGAAAAUAACAGCAUUUAGCGGCAGCUUCGACAAGAACCACAAACCCACAUUCUCAAAGGAUGAAUAUGGCAAACCUAUCCCCGGAUCAAAGACGGAAUCCAGAGGAGCAGAGGCACAGGCAAGAGUAUGUACAGAGAUGAAAGAACUUUGCGAGAUUAUCAAUGAGUACGGAAAAUCACCGUGCAAAGGUCUUCUUCCGCCGGAACUUCAGUGCGCUACAAAAGUUAUCUCGUUCGGAGAACUUUUCACGAUAUACACGGUAAUAUCCGAUAAAUUGGUCGGUAUUUUGCUGAGGACGCGAAAAUAUCAUCUAACUUACUUCGAGGGUGAAGUGUUAUUCCAAAAACGCGACGACGAUGUUCCCGUAUUCCUGAUGCAGUCAAUCGCAGAUAUCAGAUCAUAUUGUGAUAACAAAGCACUUCAAGCAAGAAGAUCGGUUUCCCCAAUGCCACACUAAACGCACAAAGAAUAGUCAUUAAUAGCUCAUUCUCAUCAAAAUUUGUGUUGUUUUCUAUUUUGAAAGUAAUGAAAUGAAUAAUUUGGAAAUGAAUGCUAUUGAAUGCUGAAUGUUUCUGCGCACACGGUAAUGAUCUUAUGACUUUAUAGGAUUACCAGGUGCGCAGAAUAUAGCUUUAUUACGUGGACUAAAGAUUUUUAUUUGUGUAACCAUGUUAAAAACCAUAUAGCACUAUGCGGUACUUGUGUUCGUAUAAGUAUAUUUUAAAAGAAGCUAUAUAUAUUUUUAUCAUACCAUACCAAAAGAUAUUUUUAGCGCUGUAUUAUUAAAUAAAAUGGUAUUUUAUACCACUUAUUGUAUAUAAUUAUUAAGUGGUAAUGUUGCGUGAGCAAUGGGGAUUAGGGCAUACUUUCAGUAUGUCUGUUAGACAAUUGGUGGCGAGUAGAUUAAAGUAUAGAUUUCCUACAAUAUUUUUUUACAUUUGUGAGUUGCUGAUAAUAUUUCAACAGACUCCCGUUUACUGCCUAUUUGGAUCCUAAAUGUUUUAUCACAAUAUACAAACAAGACGCAAUAAACAAGGAAUUUAAUAUUAAUAUAGUAAUUGAAGAAUACUCUAUUAUAUUUAGAACUUUUUAAUUGAUUUAUUUAACAUUCUAGUCAUUUAUAAAUAUAUUUUUAUAUUAUAUAAAAUAAUUAUUAAUAUAAAUUUGUUUCGUCUUCUUCAAUAAUUCGAAAAAUACGAAUGUGCUUUAUUUGUUUUGAUUCAAUAAAUUUGGAUAUAAAUUUCUAAAGCUUCUAUCUUAAUUGUAUACUGUUUUAGUCAUUAGUUUAUAGCAUAAACAAUAAACAUGUUUGUUUCUCUGUCUUACGCCCUAUUUCUAAUCGAAAGUAAUGAAUUUCCAUACAUGUUGAACAUAAAACUUGUUUAGGAAGAUAAGGAAUGGUUCUUACUCGAAGGCUUUUUUCUGUGUUAACAAAGUUGCCAGAAAUGUUAAAUAAGGUUCUUUUACCGGAAAACUUUUUUAUUAGGUUCCGUAACAGCCUUAAUCCGAUCAAGCUUGGAUUGAUUAAUUAACUUGUUUUGACUACUUAUAAUCAAAGUCGAAUGUCUUUUCAUUAUAAGUUAUCAUAAUUGGCCUAUGAGGUUUGAUGUAAUUUGUUGUAUACUCAAGGGAAUAUUCUUGGAAUGUUUGUAUAGCAAGUGCCAACUUUGUAAAUAAGUAAGUUAGCUCGUAAGAAUUAUAUUUAUAAUACACUG